CUCGCCAAUGUUGCUGUCAUGCAGCCAACAUACGGCAGCGGCAGCGGCGGCGGCAGCAGCAGCAACAGCGGUUGCCACAACGGUAACAACGGCAGUGGCAGCGGCAGCGGCAGCGGCGUCGGCGUCGGCAACAUUUGCAAUCAGCAGAUCAACAACUACAGCAAUAACAACAACAACGGCAGCAGCAGCAGCAAUCAUAUGAGUGCAGGCGGUUUCUUCGGCGGCAGCAGCAGCAGCAGUGGCAACAGCAAUACCGACUACUUGGCCACGCCGACAACCGCUUAUGCGACACCAGCGACUGCGGCAACAUCCACGGUGAACACAACGACGAUGCUGUCUAAUUACUGCGAUGCCGCCACCAUGAUGAUGGCCGCUGCUGCAGUCAAUGCAAAUCAAUGCCUGCAGCAACAUCACCAGCGCAUGUUGCUCGCGGGCAGCAGCAAUAGCAACUGCAACAGCAAUAGCAACAGCAAUAGCAAUAGCAACAGCAAUGGCACCGCAGCAAUACCCUCGUCGUCCUCGGCUGGUUCGCUGUCAUCUGCCUCAUCGACGCCAACAGCAACUGCAACUGCAACAGCAAUAGCAACAGCAACAGCCCCGCAGCAACAUCAUCAGCAGCAGCAGCAACAGCAACAAUCGCCGCCAAAUUUAAUCGAUAUCAGCGAAGUUCCUCUCAUUGUGGAUGUCAAGUAGUGUAAUUAUUUAUGCAUCUAGAAAUGGGGCUAUAAAACAACCUUGUAGAUACCCCGCCCCGCUCCAAAAAUCCUAAGACCCAAAACAAACAAAAAAAGGUUUAACGAAAAAUGUAAAAAAAAGAACAGGAAGAGCCGCGUAGCUUAAUUGAAUAAUUUUCCAUUUGUAGAUUUUUGUUGUAACUUUGUACAUAAUUCUCAAAAAAUCCACUUUUUCUCUAGGCCGCCCCAGCUGUGAGCCACAAAUCUCAGCUGACAUAUCCCAGAGAACUUGAAAAGUUUAAUCCAAAAAUGGCGGCAAUAACGUCUUUAUAUAUGAAUGUGUAUAAUAUUUAAAUGGCACUGAGUUCUACUUAAUUUUUAAACCACUAAAAUGCAAGAAAAUUGAUGAGAGAAAGAACACAAAGUGGAAAGAGACAUUUCCUUAGCCCUUUCAAAAGACAAAACAUAAGAUAGUUGAAAUAUUUAUAUAUGUAAUGUAGCAUAUACACGUAUAUACAUAUAUAAAUAUAUAUAAAUGAAACUCUACUCCCAGUGGUUUGCAGAAAUAUACCAAAAAUUUUAAGCUAUGUUUACUUGAUGUGUGGCAAUUUUUUAUGUGUGCUUUAGCAAUUUUAUUUUUACUUUAAGUAAAACUUAAAAUUAAAUUCGAUUCUCGACGGGUUUUUUUUCCGUAAGAUGCAUCUCAAAGAUGCCUCUUGGUUAGAGACCUUUUUCGUUGGAAUAUGAAUGCAAAAUUUAGCGAAUUUUUUAUUUAGUAACCAUUACGAGUAAAAACACAAAAUGUUCAGUGCAAGUUUCAGUUCUUAAACGAUUUUUCGUAAGCUUAAGCAUUAUCUUAUUUAUGUGUAUAGAGUAUGAAAAGUUUUCUAUAUUUUGUAAUAAUAAAAAUUUGCGUUUAUAAUGAACUC